AACCCAUCUUGGAUGCCUAAAUGGACUGACCAAUUUUAGUGACGUCAUUAAGCGUCACUGCUGCGCUGGGUUGACGCAAUCACGUUAGACGCGACAGUUAAAAGGUUACAAUUCAGUAUAAUCUUAUUGCAAUGUCGGUUAAACACUCAUCAACCGCUAUCGUUGAGUACAUCGAUUUAUGAAGUCUUUGGCUCCUGUGGCUGACCUCCUGUAGAUGGCGACGUUAUCAAUUUGAUCAGCAUGAGCAACAUGGAUGCUAAAUCAACCUGCAAAUGUAACACCAAGCCCAAAAUGAAGCAUCUGAAGUCGCGUAAAGAGCGUAGCCAGAUGAGAGGCGGCAGUAAAGCCAAGCAUGGUCAGCAUCACUGCCACCGUCACAGCAGCCAAGACGUGGCACAUCUGAACAGAUGCCGACACUCUCGAUGCUGCACUCCCAGAAGGGACUGCUCGGACGUGGUUCCUCCCUCACAAGAACCGAGCAUUAUCACAACGGCCCGCCUGAUUGGUCACCACGGGCUCUUUAACCAUGAGGUGAAGUCUAUUGACAUUGAACGCUUGCUACUGGAGCAGAAGAAAAAGUUCUAUAGUGAAGAGGAUGAUCACAAGAAGAAGGAAAAAGCAGCUUCAAUGUCUCACAAUCAUCCUCUCAGCAGUGUAGAGGAUGAUGGUGAAAGUGAGAAGAAAAGGCUUCAAAGUACUAGUCAGGGGCCAGACAUCACACCAGGGCAGCAGCGUGUUUCAUCAGGAAGCGGUGAAAGCUCAAAAGCAGCGGAAAAGACACAGCCUGCCUGUCAGGAACCAAAAGAGAAGACGCCACAUCUUAUAGUGUUUUCUGAGGAGCACACGCCCAAGAACCAGGGCCCUCCUGACUCCCAACAACCCGCUCCCAGCAUCAGCCCAAGCCCCUGUCGGCCUCGCAGCUUGGUCACCAUAGAAACCGCCUCUGAUGCAUCCAGAGAAGAUUCGCUGUCCAAGACAGUCAGCUCGAUGGGCCAGCGUUUGUGUGCCACUUUGCGCUUUCCAUUCAUGAAGAAGCGAGACCUGGUGGCAGAGAGCAGGGAGGUGUUGGUGCACGCUCUCCAGGAGGCGCAUGGGCCGCAUCUCCAACAGAACCUCCUCCACAUGCGGACACGCUGCAACGUCCAGCUCGGAAGAGAAGGCUUGAAUCAGAAGGCGGCUCGCAAAGAUGAGCAGAGACUUUGGUCACCAGAUGCUUUUAAAACGUGUUUUCCAGACAAAUUUUCAGCACCAUUUCAAAUCAACUCUGUUGUCCGGCCUCGUUUUGCCACUGAGGGCGCCUCAGCUUUAGAGACCCCAGGAAGGAAGCGUUUUCCUUGGCAGCUCAGUCCACAGCCCUCGGAAAGGGCGGAUGGGUGGUUGACGAGCCCCAUGGACACCUCGGUCCGUCUUUUAGAAGACCUAUUCAGGCCCAGUUGUUCUCCAGACUUCAGCAUGGACUUCGGCUCCUCCGCAGAGUCAUCCAGUCAUCACUUAUUUGCCACGUCUGCCGCCUGGAGAUCGAAAAGCUCACCGCCUCGGCACUUCCACUUCGACCAGCCCAGAGACAAAUCGUUGUCCGCAUUCGGUCCCUUCGAGGGCAGAUUCACGGACGACAAAAGGUGUCACAGGAGCUGCCAAGACCUGACAGGUAGAUACUUUGUUGAACAGUUUCCCUUUCAACGGGACUUGUUAGAAAGUGAAAAAUAUUCAUUCCCCUCCACCUUUUCCGGACAAUUUCACCCCCCUCCGCUCAGCCACUUCAGUCAGCCCCCCGCAUUAACCUCCCUCCACUCCCAACACGCCCAACAAAGCGACAGGAUCCGUUACCCGCCAUCUUACAUACUUGAGAAAAACCCUUCACCUUCACUAACACCCUUGCCAAGUCCUGAUCACUGGUCCUUUCCCCCAAUGAGACUGUAUUGAAGCUUCUUCUCGUUUCCAUCACAGUGUGGUCAUUUAUUUUAAUAAAAUAUAAUAGUAAAAGCAUCAAAUCUUGCAUUAAGACGUUAAAA